CACAACGCGGUCACUUUGGAUUGCCUGGUCACACUUUCCGUAGCGCUCUUCGUCGGCAAAAAAAUAUAAACACAAACAUUUUGCGACAUCUGAAGCAGAAGAUAAUGUUUGGCGCCACACAAUCGACAAACCGGAUGAACGACUUCGAGGUGGCCUCGCCGCCGGACGACUCCGUGUCGGCGCUGGAGUUCAGCCCGAGCACGGUGCAGAAGAACUUCCUGAUAGCCGGAAGCUGGGACAGCAGCGUCCGCUGCUGGGAAGUGGAGCAGAACGGGGUCACCGUGCCCAAGUCGAUCAAGACCAUGGGCGGACCGGUACUGGACGUUUGCUGGUCGGACGACGGCAGCAAGGUGUUCGUGGCCUCCUGCGACAAGCAGGUGAAGCUCUGGGAUCUGGCCUCCGACCAGGUGAUGCAGGUUGCGGCCCACGAUGGUCCUGUGAAGACGUGCCACAUGGUCAAGGGUCCCACAUACACGUGCUUGAUGACCGGCUCCUGGGACAAAACCCUAAAGUUCUGGGACACGCGUUCGCCCAAUCCCAUGAUGGCCAUCAACCUGCCCGAGCGCUGCUACUGCGCCGAUGUGGACUACCCCAUGGCCGUGGUGGGCACUGCCAAUCGCGGGCUCAUCAUAUACUCGCUGCAGAACAGUCCCACGGAGUACAAGCGGCAGGAGAGUCCGCUGAAGUACCAGCACCGUGCCAUUUCCAUCUUCAAGGACAAGAAGAAGGAACCCACCGGCUACGCUUUGGGCAGCAUUGAGGGCCGCGUGGCCAUACAGUACGUUAAUCCGGCGAGUCCCAAAGACAACUUCACCUUCAAGUGCCACCGCUCCACGGGCACCUCGGGCUUCCAGGACAUUUAUGCCGUCAACGACAUAGCAUUCCAUCCGAUGCACGGCACCCUGGUCACCGUCGGCUCCGAUGGCACCUUCAGUUUCUGGGACAAGGACGCCCGCACCAAGCUCAAAUCCAGCGAGGCCAUGGACCAGUCCAUCACCAAGUGCGGAUUCAAUGCCAACGGGCAGAUCUUUGCCUACGCCGUGGGCUACGACUGGUCCAAGGGCCACGAGUACUUCAACCCGGCCAAGAAGCCCCAGAUCUUCCUGCGAUCGUGCUACGACGAGCUAAAGCCGCGCAUCAACUGAUCAGAGGAUUACUUUAGUUUUAGUGAAAACCCCUACACGUAUAUGUAUUGCGAAUAAACAGAUUCGGAGCGAGA